AUGUGUCGGAGUGUGUGUGUGCCGGGGGCUCUGCUCACUCUCCUUGUGCUGACACUUGUGUUGCCUACCGGCCAGGCUUGCCCCAGGAGCUGUAACUGCUACCAGGCCAGUGAAGUCCACUGUACUUUUCGUUCCCUGCUUGCCAUCCCUCCUGGCCUGCCUGUACACACACGCCGCAUGAACUUAGGGUUCAACAGCAUCAGCAGGAUCCAUGAAACCUCUCUGACGGGGCUAAAGAAAGUGGAGCUCCUGAUGCUCCACAGCAAUGACCUCCACCAUAUUCCAGAUGCAGUAUUCAGAGAUUUGAAAUCAUUACAGAUACUAAAGCUGAGCUAUAACAAGCUGAGAGAGAUCUCUUCAUCGCUGACCUUCUCUGGCCUGACCUCACUCCUGCGCCUGUACUUGGAUCACAACCUCCUCCAGCACAUCCACCCCCGGGCCCUGCUCCAGCUGCCUAGCCUCAGGCUGCUACGUCUGCAAGGGAACAGGCUGCAUCAGCUGCACCCACACACUCUGUGCACGCUCUCUUUGCUGAAUACUUACUACUUCUCUACACUCAGACACCUAGACCUCUCCAACAACAGUCUGACCACCUUACCCAGCGAAACUUUAGCGACAGCACCUCUACUGGAGACUCUUGUAUUGCAGGACAAUCCAUGGAGCUGUGACUGUAGGAUGAAUUGGUUUCUAACAUGGAGUCUGGCUCAUCCAGGAUUCAUGAAAUGUCCUGGCGGGCCUCAGUGUCCAAUCUGUGCCUCACCGAAAUCCCUUCAAGGGCAGGGGUUGUUUGACCAGAUUGAUCUACCGUGCAAGCCGCCUGUGAUCAUCUCCCCUGGAAGAGUCACACCUUUGGAGACGGAGCUCAUUGAAAUCCAGUCAAGAGAAUCCUUCAGAGAGCCUCUAGGCACUGCCUCUUUGGGUUUGUCUGACCAACAGGGGAACAGUGUUGAUCUGAGUUGCAACAUCACUCACUCUUCUGAUUCCCAGGAUAUUGCACCUCCCCCUGAUCUCUCCCUCUCUUCUUCUUCCCCUCUCCCUCUUGCUUUGUCCCUCUCUCUGGAUUGCCCUGUGGAGAGACAGAGCUAUGAGAAACUCUGGAGGAUACUAGCAUACUAUAGUGAGACAGCAGUUCGCCUGGAGAGGGAGCUCAUGCUGAGUAAAGCCCCGGCAUUGGCCUACCGCUACAGGCAGACAGUAGAGACAGACGGAUAUUAUCACACGGGGGUCAGAGCUUCUGUUAAAGCUAUGCCACAAUGGUUGCUACAGCCAGCAAUUAGCAUUCAGCUAAACAGAGCACAGUCUAAUGGAAUCAAAGUUCAACUUAUAUACUCAACAAGAGUUUCUGCUCAUCCUGACCCUAUUUCUCAUUCCUCAACAUCCAACCCUGCUUUUCAUCCGUGGACGCUGAUUUCAACUAAUCAUACCACCACAGCACUGGCGACAGUAGCAAGGAGUAAAGUGGAACUACCAUGCCCUCUGCUAAGUUCUGGUAGCCUCAAAGUAGAGUGGGUUCUCCCAGAUGGAUCCAAGCUUAUCGCCCCCUCCAACAACCUAGACGGUAGGCUCUUGGCUUCAAACUCAGGUUUACUUAUUCAUAAAGUGAUGCUUUCAGAUGCUGGGAUCUAUUACUGCAUAGCACGGACAGGCAGGGAUGUAGAUGUUAUGCCCUUGCGCCUUGCAGUCGAGGAGUCUUCGAUUCCACCUUUAGGAGAGCAUGUAGGACCUCCUGCCAAAGGAGCUGUUGGGGAGCCCAUUAGUCUGUCUUGUGAGGUGUCUGGUUCACCAUUGCCUUAUUUGAGUUGGGUGUUACCAGAUGGAAACACAGUACGUCGAGGAUUAGCUGUAUCAGGGGGGGUCACAAUGCAAUCAAAUGGGAGUCUCUCUCUGCCUAACCCCACCAAGAGGGAUGCUGGGCAUUACCGCUGCAUUGCAGUCAACCAGUAUGGUAGUGAUUCUAUGUCCAUGCAGCUGGACUUAAAGUCACAACAUCCCCUUUCACUCAAGAAUUCAUUCUCAAGAGGGCCACAGUCAGCGGCUGGUCGGUCCACCAGAAUUAGAGCUCCAUUAUUACGCCUAGAAGAGGAAGGAUCAGGGGAUGAAGAGGAAGAAGAGAAAACGACUAUUGGCAAUAGAAGACAUCAAAGGCCUCUCCAACUGCCACCAAACCGACGUCAUCCGAUUGGACAACCCAGAGGACGUGGACUUAUGAGAGAGGGCCCCCUGAGAAGAGGAGGGAGGCCUGUAUCAUCCACUGACAAGAGAAGAAACCGCUUCGAAAACAGACAUAGAGUUACCACCAACAAACAAAGGAUAGAUCCCAAGAAAUGGGCUGACCUCUUGGAAAAGAUACGACAAAAGACUGCUCAGACUAAUAAUAGUCAGCCCAUUGCAGAAGGGACAGCCACAGCUGAAGCAGAGGGGAAAAGCAGACAUGAGGGAGGAGACGAUACAGAUAAAGGUAGAACUGAGGCCUCAGAGGUGGAAGCAGAAACCGAAGGGUCGUCUGUCAAUGACGAUGAUCUAAAACAGGAAGGCUCAGAGUCCAUUCCCACUGUUCUGACAAAAAUGCCAUCACAUAUUGGGACAGAAACAGACACAGAGAUAACGAAAGAGACAGAUAGGUCGAGAGAAACACAGACUGAUAUAGAGAAUGAGACAGAGACACACAUACACACAGAGAAACCAACAGAGACAGUGACAAACCCAGAAACACGACAAGAACAAGUCACAUCUAAACCAAUCCCAGGAAGAAAUGAAAUUAUCCCUGAAGCUAGAGAGGGCAAUGAACAAGAAGAAAACCCCAGCCUUUCGAGAACCAGGCCCCAGAAACCCAGGCAGGGUAUCUUUCCUAACUUGGUUCCAAACUCCAGGCCUCAAAGCCCUUGGAAUUCUCGCAGGAGGAUCGGACAGCGAAGACGAAUCAUCAACAGACAGAGGGGACGACCUUUUAGUCCAACACAACCUCUACCUGACCCUAAGUCACAAACUGACACUACAACAGAUCAACUUGAUAAGUUGCUGCUGGUGUCAUCGACUGCCCCUGUUUCUAACAGUCUUGGUAUCUUCACUUCAAAAUUCAACUCCCUCUCAGCAACUCCCCCUCCUUCCUCUACCACCUCAUUAUCCUCCUCACACACAAAGGCACAUACAGACAUGAUGACUCAGUCUGCUAACUUCCCUGACAUUGCAGAGUCCAAUCCCAUCAGCACACUAACACCAGCACCCACUCACUCCCACACUGCCAUUUCCUUUGCACAGACACAUGUGCCAGACACACACACCGAGACACAUAUACACACGACAUCAGGCAAACAUGUUGAUAGACCACCAAGCAAACACAGUGAAGAGCCGAAGAGGAAUUCAUUGGGUGUACCAUAUGUUUCCCAGUCCUUGGCCUCUGUGUCGCCCACUCCCUCCUCCAUUGCUUCCACCGAAGGCCGUGCUGUGACAAUUGCCAUCACUACUGUAAAAAUAACAAGUCCUUCAACCACUCUAAAGAGCACUCACUCUACUAGUAUUAUGGGAAGCAGUAAAAGUCUAUCUACCGCAAUAGAUAGUGAGAACACACUUCCUGUAACCACUACAACUAGUCCCAUGACUCCACCUCCCAUCAUAUCUACUAAAACUACAAUUACUACUCCAACAUCUAGCCCUACCAGAAGCACAACUACUCUUACCUCAACUACUACCCCAACAACUCCUAUACUAACAUCUACUUUGCCCACUACCACUACUACUUCUUCAACCAGCCCUUCUACUACAUUUACUACUACUACAGCUCCUAGUACUAAAGUGUUGUCAAAAGCUAUUUCCACAACUUUGAACCCUACUACUACUACUUUUAUGAGUACUACUACGACUACUACUACUACUGCAACAACUACCAAAACCACCAAUCCUACAAUAAGUAGUAGAAUUACAAUAUCAGCCACAAAUUCUCCCACCACAACACAAGUUACAACAUCCAGUACCCCUUCUACUACCACAACAAGAAUGACAUCAACACCUACUGCAGCAUCACCCAAAGAGAGGCCAAGCGCUGGCCAAGUUGACCCCAGAUGGAAGCAUGCUUCCAGGGCUCCAAACCAGAGUCGACCCCCCACUGAAUGGAAGAACCCUGGAGCUAAUUCUAUUCCUGAUUCACACAGCGGCAGGCCACUCCGGCCCCCCUCAUCCUCGCUCCCUGUCACCCCUGGGGAACCAGUUGUGAAAUCCAGACCGAGGAUUGCAGAUCCACAUAUCAGGACUGUGUCGUUCCCAGCAGAGAGCACUGCCAGGCUGGAUUGUGAAGCUAAAGGAGAGCCUAAGCCCUCUAUCACAUGGACCAAAGUCGCCACAGGAGCAGUGAUGUCAAUCCACUCCAGGGCUCAGCGAUUUGAGGUCUUGCCAAAUGGCACCCUUGUUAUCCAGAAUGUUCAGCAGCAGGACAGGGGCACAUACAUCUGCAGUGCACACAGCUUUCUGGGUCGUGACAGGUUGUUAACAACCCUCGAAGUGUGGACACGCCCCCCUAGUAUGAAACUGGCCAGUUAUAGAGAAUCGACCAUUCAUCAGGGUGGAGAGGUGCACCUAGAGUGCCAGGCAGAUGGCAUUCCCACCCCUCUGCUCUCUUGGGUUUUACCUGACCGUUCUGUCCUCACCUCCUCUUCCCCCUCGGCCAGUCGCAUCAAUAUGGACACAAAUGGAACCCUCCAUAUCUCGGUAACUUUACCCAGCGACAGAGGAGUGUAUCGCUGUGUGGCCUCCAACUCAGCAGGUGCCGCCAGCGCCUCAGCGCGUGUACACGUGUCCUCCUUGCCCCCGGUGAUACAGCAACCUAGAGAUGAACACCUGCUCUUGUCUCCAGGGAGGCCUGUCUAUGCACACUGCUCGGCCCGAGGUGCCCCACAACCAACUCUGCGAUGGCGAAUCCCGGAUGGGACUCUCGUUCGACCAUCCCAGUUUCUCCAUGGCAAUCUUUUUGUCUUGCCCAAUGGGACACUGCAUAUUCGGAAAGUUGAGCCUAAAGACAUUGGAAAUUAUGAGUGCACAGCAAGUAAUGCUGUUGGAGCUGAUAAAAGAACGGUGAGGGUGGAAAUUGAAGUGGAAAGAACACAGGGUGGGGCAGGACAUGAAGGGGCAAGAGCAGUUGCAGCUGAAAAACCAUCUUCUUCUUCUUCUUUCCAUGAAGAAAGGAACUUUCCAAUCCCCAGCCAACCUCCAAAUCCAUUCAGACUCCCCCCUCCAUCUCAUUUUAAUAGAUCCAGGAACUUGCCUGACUCCUCCAGCUCCUCUCGAUUCUCUUUUCCUCCUCACCAACUCAAUCCCACUAACUCACCUCCCAAAAUCAAUAAAACAGUCACUUCCUCCCCCACACACUUGGCCAACAUCAACAGAACACUCUCCACCUUGCCUACAAAUAACACCAGAGUGUCAAUUGGCAUUGUAAACAACACAAGACUUACUUCUACCUCCUCUGACAAAAAGGGACCCUCAACCCUGCCUCCCUCACCUGUUUCCCCUUUCAGUAAAGCCCGUAUUGUCUCUACAACACCCCCCAUAUCUACCAUCCACUAUGGGGAGAUUUUGCAGCUCCACUGUACUGUAACUGGCAACCCAUCACCCAUCAUUAUUUGGAGGACUCCCAAUAGAAAACUGGUGGACAAGCAUUUCAGUUUCGACAGACGCUUUAAGGUGCAUCCUAAUGGCACCCUGUCAGUUCAGGCAGUCACAGAAAAAGAUGCUGGGGACUACCUCUGUAUUGCACGCAACAAGGUUUCAGAUGAUUAUCGCCUCCUGCGUGUCUCUGUAGCUACCAAGCCAGCCAAAAUCGAACCCAAGCAGCCACACGAUCAGAUGGUGCUGUUUGGCAAACCACUGAAGGUUGACUGCCAAGCAACAGGGCUGCCUGACCCAGCUGUCCAGUGGAGCCUCCCUGAUGGAACCAUGGUAAACAGUGUUUUGCAGGGGGAAGAAAGAGGAAGGCGAACACGGAGGCUAACUGUGUUUGAUAAUGGGACCUUACUGGUUCCAGCAGUGGGUAUGGGGGAGGAAGGAGAGUAUACCUGUUAUGCUGAGAAUCAAGGAGGGAAAGACACCAUGAAGGUCAAAGUAAAGAUCAUGAUGACAUCCCCACCAGCCUUCAACGAUGACAGAAGUUACCAUGUCAUUAAAGUACCUCUGGGAGGAACUGCCGCUAUUCCCUGCCGGGCCACAGGAGAUCCUACUCCGACAGUGACAUGGAUUUCGCCAACACACCGUGUCAUCCCCAACAGUUUGGGAUCUAGAUUUUACUCUGAGCGGGUUGUUGUGGUUUCAGGUGGAACCCUGGAGGUGCGCAUGGCUCAGAAGAUUGACACAGGGAAUUAUACAUGCCGAGCUGGCAACUCAGCUGGGGAGAAGAGCAUGGUGAUAGGCCUGGUAGUGGAGUCUCCUAACUAUGGACAACAUGCUGGAGGAAGAGGUUGGAGUACCAGCAAUGGGCCAGGCAGUAGGUCAGGGGAAAACAUUAACAAUGGAGUCACAAACAAGUUUGGUGGCAGCAACAAUAAUGGCCAUAGUGGUAAUAAUGGCAGGUUGGGAAACAUUGUACCCAACACUGGCAUUAGUUUAGCAACCAGUGUCUUAAAUCCUGUUCAAAGGAGUGAUAGUGAAGGUACAUUAAACAGGCCUGUCAGUAGAAUAACAACCCAUCUUGGUAGCAGUGUAAUCAGUGUUGGGGUUAGCGGUGCUAGCAAUAUAGGCUUUAAAGCAGAUAAUACUGAAAUAACUAGAAAUGGACCUAUUACCACAAGAGGUAAUGAUAGUCUGGGCAACAGUCACAGCACAGCUAGAGGAAAUAUUGUUGAAAGGAAGCCCGGGACUUACAAUAAUGAAGUUAUUCCAGGAAAGAGUAGCAAUGAUGCCAACACUGGUACAUCAAGAAAUGCUGGAAUUGUUAGCAGCAGUGGGUCUAAUCAUGGAGCUGGUUCAUUCAGAGAAAAUGGGUUCAGUAGUGGUAUAAAUACAGGAGCCAUUAAUGCUUACAGUAGGAUAAGUGCUGGUUCAAGUAGUGCCAACACAGCUGCUCAUAAUACAGGUACUAAAAACUCUUCUAACACACUUGCUGGGAUGAUAACGACAGUGAAGAAGCAAUCAAUGAAAGGCCAAACUGUUAUUCUGCCAUGCCCCUCACAAGGCUCCCCUCCGCCUCGAGUGGCUUGGCUUCUGCCUGGUAAUGGUGUGUUGCCAGCUCCUUAUUAUGGCAGCCGGCUAACAGUGCACCGGAAUGGCUCGUUGGAGCUGCGAGGCGUGCGGGUGAGUGAUAGUGGGACCUUGGUUUGUGUGGUUAGAGGUCAGCAAGGAGAGACCAGGAUACAGGUGGAGCUGGAGGUCUCUGAGGUAUCUUCCAACAGGGCACCAGCUGUUGAAAGACCUGCUCAAGGAAGCUUUGGUUCGAAUGAGGUGCCAAACCCACGGUUACCAGUUACUCCAAGGCUUCUACAAAGCGGCCCUUCUUUACCAGUUGUACCUCAUCCAGUUGGCCCUCCACUCCGCUCAACUGGCCUUGCCUCCGAGCCAGCACUGAGCACCAGGACAGCCCCCUUGGUGAGCAUCAUUAAUGGAGAAACUCUUCGCCUGCCCUGCCCUGCUUCUCAAACAUAUGGAUACACCCAGAGAUCUCUCUCCUGGACUACGCCCAGUGGAAAGGUGAUGUCUUUGGGUGAGAGUGGUGAAUCAGGCCGAUUUAUUGUCGGAGCGGAUGGAACGCUAACAAUACAACAGGCCACUGUCUUCGAUCGUGGGUCCUACACCUGCAGGUCGCAGAGCAUCCACUCCUCAUCUGUUUCAGUCCUCACUGUCCCUGUCAUCGUCAUCGCCUACCCCCCUCGCAUCACAACAGGCCCCUCCCCCGUGACCUACACACGACCUGGUGUCGCCGUGGAGCUGCCAUGCAUGACCAUAGCAACCCCCCGGGCGACGGUCACCUGGGAAACACCAGACCUGACACAACUCAUUGUCAUGGGUCAGGCUCGUAUCUAUGGCAACCGCUACCUUAGUCCUCAGGGUUCCUUGGUGAUACAGAACCCAACAAGUAGAGAUACAGGGUUUUACAGAUGCACCGCAAAAAAUGUGAUAGGAGUAGACACCAAAGCGACUUACCUGCAUGUUAUAUAAUGCGGGGAAGGUAAACAAAAACUCAUACACACAAAAAAACGUGCAGAACAAAAAACAGACUCCACCAGGCUUCUGUGCUGGUGAAUUAAAUACUCUGCUGUUAAAACUAUGUGUCCAACAAGCCCAACGGAACUGCAAGAUACUGUUUUAUCUCAGAAAAGACUUUUCUAAUAUACAAGUCAUUGCCUCAUUAAUGUAUUUUUAAUGUACAUCUUUGUUUUAAAUACUGUCAUUUGUAUGCAAGAGUCUCUGAACAUAACAACAAUACAUUUUUCUCUGCAGUAUCAAAACAUUUCAUUAAGGUCUGUUUUAUUAUACAAUCGUAUAAUUUGUACCUUGUUUUCUGUCUCUUUGGGCAGCAAGUCCAAAAAAAUACACAAGAUAUUUAAGAGUUCUGCACAGAUGUAAUGUUAAUGUGGACCAAUGGACUACUUUUCAUGUGGACGAUGGAAAAAACUGAAAGGCUGUCAUUUUUCUCUGUUCAUUGUGUUCCUUUAAAAAACCUUUUGUGGAGAAAAUAACCUUGUCCCUUUUAAGGUUUUUACCAUAAUGAUUUUUUUUUUUUAAUCUGGGAAACAAGACAGACAUGUUUGUACUGUUAAAAAAAACAUGAGCGCUAUCCUUGGCUUGGUUGCUUUAUUUCAUGACGUUGUGCAUUUAUCUACUAACACUGACCUACAACAGAACUUAUUCCUCGAAAAAUGACAUUGAUUAAGAACAUUUUCUUGAUAUCUUUUUUUAAAAGGUCAUUUUUCUUUAAUAAAUACACACACCAAAAAGGUUGGAUUUUGUAUUUGCCGUGCAUAUGUAGCAAACUUAAGCAGACACUCUUAUUUGCAUUGUACUUUGCAUUCAUUUAAUCUGUAAUAUAUAUAAUAAUUGAAGGCUGCAGAACUAUGAUCCACCGUAACAUCAGCAUCUUCAGGACUUUGUAAAGCUUGUUUACAUUUUUUCUGGCUAACUUGUAGAUUUGAAUCUUAACAAAUGUUGUUGUACCAGCAUCUUUUUGAUCUCACAGCAUCUUUGGAGCUGAAUGAGAUAUCGUAAAGGAGCUUUUAUGUAAGCAACAUACCCAUUUCUUUGAAGGACACUCUCUGUGAUUAUUUUGAUAUUAUAGGCUGUAUAAAUGUGCGUGUAAUUCAAGAGACUGUCCUAAGCUUGUGCACAAAGCCAGCGGCUUAUAGUUAUCAUGUUUCCUCUCUUUGUGUUUUCAUUUGUGCUUAAAUUAUUUGUCUUGUAAAGACUCUGUUGUAAGAUGCCAGUGCUUUGUCAUAAAGGGAGAAUAGAUUAAAUAUUAUUAUGUACUGUAUGUUGGAUGUCUUACAAUUCACGAGGAAUGCUUGCUAUAUUUUUCACACCUUCAUUUUAUAAAUAAAAAUGAAAAAGAUUUAGAGUGUUUACUCCAUGAAAUGUCAGCAGCUGUCUCACAGUUAUGUUUGGAUAAAUGAUACACAUACAAAGUGUAUGCUUGUGAGAGUGUGUAUAGAGGCAGUGUGAAAA